AGAGAGUGAGUGAGAGAGAAAGAGAGAAAUCUUCUCACUGAUCCAAUAUGGCUAAAUAUGGUGAUUAUAGUGCAAUUUCUCAAGCGUAUGCUGUUGAUCUCCACUAUGAGAAAAAUAACCGUGCCCACAGAACUAAUGAGAUCAGCAUCAAACGACUGAUAGUCAGACGGGGUCAACCCUUCAGCAUCACGGUGAACUUCACUGGUUGUGAAUUCAAUCCAAUGGAUGACGACUAUUUUCUGGUUGCUGAGACAGGUCCGAAGCCUACACAAUCGUCCAGAACUAAGAUCUUGUUCCCAGUGACGGAGUCAAUCAAUGUGAAGAGGUGGAGUGCAGUGACUGAAUCGACUACCAAAACAGAAUUGUUUCUGAUCAUAUCCUCCUCUCCAAAUGCUAUAAUUGGUUCCUACAAUUUAUAUAUGUGCAAGAAAGAUUCCGAUCCAAUAGUGAGCUACCACCUUGGUUCAAUCGUCCUGCUUUUCAACCCCUGGUGCUCAGAGGAUGAAGUCUUCCUGAACAGCGAUAAAGAACGAAAGGAGUAUGUGAUGAAUGAGCAAGGCACAAUAUUUGUUGGGUGCUCUUCAUAUAUUGAUAACAUCCCGUGGAAUUUUGGACAGUUUGAAGAAGAUAUUCUGGACAUUUGCCUUAAGUUGCUGAACAACAGUAUCAAAUACGAGACGAACCCAGUCAGGGAUUGCAUGAAAAGGAACAAUCCUGUUUACAUCUGUAGAGUAGUGUCAGCCAUGGUAAAUUGCAACGAUGAUAACGGAAUACUUUGUGGUAAAUGGAAUGGACCGUAUUCGGAUGGAAUAUAUCCAGGCAAAUGGACUGGAAGUAUCAAGAUCCUUCGUCAAUGGAAUCAGUCUGGUUGUCAGCCAGUUCUGUAUGGGCAGUGCUGGGUGUUUGCAGCUGUGGCCUGCACAGUUCUGAGAUGUUUAGGAAUUCCGACCCGCGUGGUCACAAACUUUGAUUCUGCUCAUGACGCAAAUGGGAACCUAACGAUUGAUAACUAUUACAGUGAAAAGUUUGAGAUGGACGACUCGGACGAUAGUGUAUGGAAUUUCCACGUCUGGGUGGAGUCGUGGAUCGCUCGGUUUGACCUGAGGCCAGGCAAUGAGGGAUGGCAAGUGUUGGAUCCAACACCCCAGGAGAAAAGUGGAGGGAUCUACUGCUGCGGGCCAGCUCCAGUCAAAGCCAUCAAAGAAGCAGACUUUGACGUGGGUUACGACGUCCCAUUUGUAUUUUCUGAGGUCAAUGCAGAUGUGGUGAAAUGGCUCUGCCUAACUGAAGAGAGCAAAAAGGUCAAGAUGGAUGUUAAAUCCGCCUCCGUUGGCUGCUUUAUCAGCACCAAGAGCGUUGGCUCAGACGAACGUGAGGACAUCACUAACAAUUAUAAGUAUGCUGAAGGUUCGACUGCAGAAAGACAAAUUACUGAAAGGGCUCAUUUGAGCAAAAGACAUAUGAAUGUGCAGAAAGAGAGGCUACUCUAUUUGAAUCUGAAUGUCAAUACACCUGUGUAUAAUGGAAGCACAGUUAAGGUGUUUGUCAAAGUCUCCAACAAAAGUGCUGAUGACAGGGUCUAUACCCUUAAGUUUUGUGCCAAGAAGAAGAGGUACAAUGGAACAUAUGAGAAGCAAAACCUAAAGGUCGAGCACAAGGAAAUUUCAAUUAAAUCUAAGAAAGAUGAGACAUUCACUUUUGAACUGCCUUAUGCUGGGUACGGGAACUUCAGUGAUGAGCACAAUCUGAUCCAUCUGGCAGCUUUUGCGAGGGAAUCAAAAAAAGGGGAGUGUGCGUUCGCAAUAAAGGACAUCACUUUGACCAAUCCUUCUCUCGUAGUUGAGGUUCAGGAAUUCCCUUUGCUGAACCACAAGGUGAAAGCAGAAAUCAGCUUUAAGAACCCUCUACCCGUGCCUCUGAAUGAUUGUGUCUUCACCCUGGAAGGAGCAGGUCUGAUUGAAGGGGAAAUGCAGUUAAAGGUUAACAAAGUGAAUGCUGGAGAAACUGCUAAAGUGAAGGCUCAGUUCACACCCAAGAAGUCAGGAGAGAGGAAGCUAAGCCUGGACUUCGACAGCGAUAAAAUUAGAAACGUUAAAGGAUCCAAAAUCAUUGAUAUUCCUUGCCACUUGUGAUCCAAUGAGUCAGAACUUAUUUUGUGCAACUUGUGCAAAUUGCUUGCUUGGGACUACAGUACUUUGCCAAACCCUUUGCAAUGAUUGAGUAUGUUCUCUGAGAACCUGUUUAUGUGGAGCAUUUUAUUACAAUAAACUAAAACUUGUGUUGUGUUCCACCAGUCCUGGGAGAGGGAGUAUGUAAGGGCCAGUGCAGUUAUAGAAAUGGCCCUUCAAAAGUUCAAAGUUACUUUUGUGACCUUGUCCUGCAGAGCAAACUCCAGACAUCCAUUAGAGUGAAAGAUAAUGGUAGAAUUUGUCUGGAUGAAAUUGCCGGAAUCAAAUGACAAUCGUACAAAGUAAAGCUGGGUAUGUCAUGAUCUAAUGAGGACAAGUAUAGGAGUUGAAUCCUUCUCAUUCUCUAACUGGAACCCGACGCUACUCUCCAUUCUCUGCUGAAGUGAGCGAAGGCUAGCACCUAUUUCCUACUGGUGUGCAGUCGAUUCCACUAUACAAUGAAGAGGCACUGUUCCAUAGCUGUCAGUAUGAAUGAAAAUGCAAGGAUUAUUAAUAGAAAAGACACACUCUUCUAUUAAUAAUCUGUCUCAGGUCUUCCAUUUUGCACCCGGACCUCAGGUCCUGACUGCAAGCUCAGUAAUAAUAAUAAUCCUUGCAUUUGAUAUAGCGCCUUAUUACG